AGCAUGAUGGAACCAGCUAUCAAAAUCGAGGAGGACAGUACAGAUUUCGGAGAAUUUGCAUUCUUUUCGGACCGACAUUUGAUAGACGAUUUCGCGACCAAUGUUAAAAAAGGUGCACCGAAGAAGUUACAUACUCGUAAGCGAAGGAUGGGCAUUGCCGACCUUCUUGAACUUUCCACCGAAAGCGCCAACCAUCGGAGUUUACUAGAAAAACCGUUCCCUAUCGGCACCGUGACUGAACUCAAUGAGUUUGAUACACUGCUUCUAAGCAAUCCAUCCUAUACGGAAAAAUGUGCACAAAUGCUGCAUUCGGUUGUUCGGGAAGAAGGCAAUUCUUUAGAUAACUCCACUUGCCAUAUGCGUCUGCUUUUAGAACAUGCCGUCGAUUAUACCGUGAUACUACGGUACAGCUGGUAUGGGUUUAUGCCAAGAUCACCAAUGGCCCGCAGCUGUGGCGAACAGCAUCCGUUUCGAAAUUUGUUGGGUGUGAUCAGUUUGUUGCAUCGAGCGAGACAACUCCGUUUCGCGACAUGUAGUAGGGAAGAAAUUAACGACGGCAUUGAGAAGUUCCUUAAACGUAAACUACGGUGCCAUGCAUUGUUUCUGAAGAAACAACAGAUAACAAAGCAGUAAACGAUGGACGAAACAUUUGAGUGUUGCUCAUUGUUACACAUCGAUGGUAAAAAAAUUAAAAUGUGUGCCAAAGAAAAAUAACGAGUAGGGUAGAAUUAAACUGCAAAACUGCAUCAAACGUUUGCCCACGUUUGUAGGAUCGUCUUUCUUCACUCUAGUCAUCAUAUCGAUGUGCCACAAGUAUAUUCGGAUAAACUCUGCGGCGAGGCAAAUAUUCUACGAUAUUAUA